CCGCAGUGUAAGCGCUUUCUCUUGCAGGCAUUAGAGCACUGAGCUUAAGAAUAUCUAGAAGUCAAUUACCCAAGACACGCUUAUUCUUACAACGCUGGAAAGCGUAACACCUGCUGAAUCAAUCCUUUUCACCACUUCUUACCACCAACAUUGUUCACCAACAUAGUCAACGUUGCCCAACAUGUCUAACGUUAACAUCAGCAAAAAGAGAAAGUUCGUCGCCGAUGGUGUGUUCCAAGCCGAAUUGAACGAAUUCUUCACUCGUGAAUUGUCAGAAGAAGGUUACUCUGGCUGUGAAGUUCGUGUUACACACGCACGUACAGAAAUCAUCAUUCGUGCAACUCAUACACAAGAAGUUUUGGGUGACAAAGGUCGUCGUAUUCGUGAAUUGACUGCUUUGGUUCAAAAGCGUUUCAAGUUCCCAGAAAACUCUUUGGAAUUGUACGCUGAAAAGGUACAAAACCGUGGUUUGCACGCCGUUGCUCAAUGUGAAUCUUUGCGUUACAAAUUGUUGGGUGGUUUGGCCGUUCGUCGUGCCGCUUACGGUGUUUUGCGUUUCGUUAUGGAAUCCGGUGCAAAGGGUUGCGAAGUCGUUGUCAGUGGUAAAUUGCGUGCCGCUCGUGCUAAAUCAAUGAAAUUCACAGAUGGUUUCAUGAUCCACUCUGGUGAACCAGUCCGUCAAUUCGUUGACGAAGCUGUUCGUCACGUUAUGAUGAAGCAAGGUGUUUUGGGUAUCAAGGUCAAGAUCAUGUUGCCUUGGGACGCUACCGGAUCAGGUGCCGGUAAGCCAUUCCCUCUUCCCGAUGCCGUUACCAUUUUGGAACCAAAGGAAGAAUCCACACUUUCAGGACCAGUCUCUGAAUCCAAGCAACCCGUUGCCGCUCAAAUCGGUGGUGAUCCAAGAGGUGAUGUUCCUCAAGGCGAUGGUGUUCAAGCUGGUGCUCCUCAAGCUGCAGCUUACUAAAAAGUUAAGCUGUAAACUUGACGGGCCUUUUCGCCUGUAUUCCCCUUUGUAUUCUUUCGCCCUCGCCUGUUCCAGCAUUCCACUUUGACCCCCCUUUUAUUUCUUCUUCUUACUUCCUGUCAACUGAUUGGCAAGGUUGUACAUUUACACAAACUCAUGUAUCCAUGAUGCAUACAAAAGAUAUAGUGUCAAUACUAUCGUGGUGAAAACUAUUACGAUUCGUGUGUACUUUAAAUCACUCUUUGCCAUCACAAGCAGUAUGAAAAGAUCUAUUCGGUUUAUUUAA